AUGUUUAACUGUACACAUCUUCAUAUUCAUCGUAAAAGUGUUCUCUUCAGUUACACAUGGCCAUCAACAUCUUCAUCAACAAAUUUAAUAUGUUUAUUUCGUGUUAAAUUUACUAAUGAUAAAGAUCUUAAUCAAUGCUUAAAAUUAUUAUGUGAUUAUUUUACAAUAAAUGUCUAUUCAUCAAAUGAUUUUAAUAUUUGUAUUGAAACAACAUAA